UAUCAUCUUGAAUUCCUUAGCUUUCAAUAGAAAGCCUAGCUUUGCUUUCUCAUUUCUCUCACACCACACGUACUACACAACAGAAGAUAUGUCGCACUUAUUCGGAAGGUCCGGUCCUCCGGAUAUCAAAGACACAUUCCCUCUUCUCGUUCUCAACAUCACCUUCCGUCCGAACAUCUGCGACAAUUUGUUUCCCCUAUUCGACAAGUAUGAAAAAGUUGUAGACGUUUUUAUUCCCAGAGAUCGAAGGACUGGAGAUUCGCGUGGCUUUGCAUUUGUUAGAUACAAAUAUGCUGAGGAGGCCCAGAAGCAGUUGAGAAGCUUGAUGGUGAGUUUCUGGUUGUUGAUGGCAGGAGAUAAUGGUCCAGUUUGCCAAGUAUGGUCCAAAUGCUGA